AUGGAACAAGACCAGUAUGCACCCGGUGCAAGCGCUCGGGUUCUUCGUGCGUCUGGCAGGCCGUGCCAUCCGGGUUCCGUCACGGCUCUAGUGCCCGAUAUGAUGCCGAAUUCGCCGAAGACCAGGUCUGGGUGCCGAUUGCACAUGUAUGCAGAUUAUAGAUAUGUUGAUGAGACAGCCGAUGUUGCCAAAGAGUACUCGCUGGAGCUGGGCGAGGAGACCCCGUGGGCCUUAGAGCAAUAUGGUGUUUGUUUGACAGAGGCGCCUAUCUUGGCAGAUUCAUCUACUCUAGCAGAGCCAUCUAUCACGAGCGACACUGUCGAUUCAUAUUCAGGUCCCUGGGGUUCCCAGGAGAGGAUCACAUCUCUGGACUUGUAUAAGUCACCGACAAAUAGCUAUUCAAUCUCUCCGGUAUCUGUUCAGACACAACUUUCUCCCAGCAGCUAUACGAUACCACUUUCAGAGAAUCUGGUCGCCACAGAAACUGGACUGGUCAAUUUUGAUGAGCAUGAAGCUUGUCUAAUGCGUUAUUUUGUGGUCCAACUUGGUCACUGGUUUGAUAUCUGUGACGGACAAAGACACUUUGCAUGUACCGUCCCUGUACGGGCACUGACAUGUCCGCCUCUACUCAAUGCAAUCUACACCAUCUCCGCCAGACACUUGACCAAAUCUAAGAAAUAUUAUGUUGGAAAUAAAGUCAAGUAUGGAGGCAAGUACCUCCCCAGACUAACCCCAGAGACUGCUCUCGAGUACCACAAUCGAUGCAUUUCCUACUUCGUCUCUCUCUCCGGCCACUCCCAAGAAGCAGGGGAUGAGAAUCUUCUUGCUGCAGCCGUCGUCUUACGAUUCUACGAAGAGGUUGACCUCCCCGCAAUGGGCGAAGACACCGAGUCCGCCCUUCGUGGCAUCCAAAUCUUCCUCGACGCCCAAGCCAUCCCCGCAGUCUCAGGCACCGGUCUCCGCCACGCAGCAUACUGGGUCGCCCUCCGUCAAGAAAUCAUCACAGCCUUCUCCAAACAACGUCCCUUCCGUCUCCCCCUGGGUCCCUGCGAACCAUACCGCACCUUCGAGCCCGCAGACGACUACGUCUGGGCCGAUCGACUAGUCAUCCACUGCGCAGACGUCCUCCAAUUCUGCUUCGGCUCCGAAGAAGAAGAAAACUCCCCUUUCCCCCCUUCCCCCGAAUCCCGCAUCGCCCGCUACGACACCUUAGUCUCCUUCGAAACCCUCUGGACCGAGCUUGGCCCAUCAUCCUUCAACCCCGUCUACGCCAGAGACCCCGAUCCCGCCCGAGGUGAAGUCUUCCCCGAACUCUGGUACUUGAAUAAUUGCCACGUUGCAGGCCUGCAGCAUCUAGACCUUGCCCGGAUCUUGUUGGCGGUUUAUAACCCGCGCCUGCCGAGACUUGGACCCGGGCAGCGGACUGCGAUGCGUAGUGUGGAUGCGCAGGUGCGGAGUAUUGUGUUGCGGCUUUGUGGGAUUGCGAUGUCGAAUUUGCAUAGUCCGCCUGGACUGGUGACGGCCAGUGCGGCUAUUGGGAUGUGUGGGGAUCGGUUUGUGGAGAAAGGGGAGCAGGAGGCUCUUUUUGCGGCUCUGGUUAGAUUGGAGGAUGAGUAUGGGUAUCCUACACAUAAUGUGCGGACUCAAUUGGGGGAUGCUUGGGGGUGGAAUGGUUAG